AUGACGUACGAUGUGGAAAAUCCCGGGGUUGGACCCCCUAAUGCGUUGAAAUUUCAUAUCGAUGCAGAAAUGACUCAAUUCGAAGAAGUGGGCGGAACCUGCGCAAAUCGCGACAAUUUUGAUGAAGAGUGUUUUACAGUUCGCAGUGUAGUGAUCGGACUCAUCUUCGUUAUAGCUACAUCGUAUCUUCAUCAAUGGACUGUUUACACAUUCACUCGUACGUACAUUGGUCCGAUGUUAGUUAUUAUGUUGAUCUAUCCAAUCGGUCGUUUUUGGGCAUACGCUGUGCCCAAAUCAAAACCAUUUACUCAAAAAGAGCAUGCAUUGGCACUGAUCAUGUCUAAUGUGUCUUAUAUGUAUUACCUGCAAUUUAAUUUUGCCACGGCGGCAGCAUUACCAUUGCUGGAAAAUGAUGGUCUGAAUUUUUUCAACUAUUUCUUUCUUGUUUUGGCAUUUCAAUUCCUUGGCUUUGGAUUGGCCGGUGUACUACGACGGUUCUUGGUUUGGCCAACUGAAGUUAUCUGGCCACAGAACUUGCCGUUCAUUGCUAUUUUACGCACGCUACAUGAACGCGAAACAAGUGCAAAACAGCAUUCGUAUGGAACAGUGAAAACCCGCAGUCUCAAAGAAGUCCUAUAUCAGAACAAAUUACUAUUUUUCUUCCUAGUGACUGUCGUAGCAUUUAUUUACGAAUGGUUUCCGUUACUUAUCGCGCCCUUCCUCUCUGUUUUCUCGUGGAUGUGUAUGUUCGACAUAAACAAUCAUUUACUCGGCCAAUUAACUGCUGUUCGUGGUCUUGCAUUGGGUGGCGGUGGACUUACACUCGACUGGAUGAAGAUAACACAAUAUCUUGGUUCACCACUCAUUCUGCCUGGUUGGGCACUCGUUAACAUUGGCUUUGGUUUCGUGCUAACCAUCUGGUUUAUCGUACCGAUUGUAUAUGCCUCGAACGUACGACAAGUACAGUCUCGAGCUAUUGCUGGUGUGAUGUUUACAGGUAUAACAGCGAUGAAUCUCGUGACAUCAUUCACAUCGUUUGCAUAUAUACCAGCGAUUUUCGUACAUACUGCUCUUUUUCAUGGCUAUGAUCUUUGGGAUCAACUCCGAUCGAAAUCACUCACUAAUAUGGGUAAUGAUAUGCACGCUCGACUCAUGUCAGCCUAUGCAUACGUUCCUGAAUGGUGGUACUUCGCAUUAUUUUCAGCUUCCUUAAUUACUGUUUGUGUUAUUUGUAAUCGUAAUGAUUGGUUACCGUGGUAUUUAGUACUUCUAUCUCUCGUUAUUAAUGCAACCCUUGUUCUUCCCGUUGGGCUUGUUUCGUCCAUUACUGGACAAUUCCUUCAUAAUGCACCGGUGUACUAUCUCAAUGUGAUUAUCUCACAAGGCUUUUCAUUGGGAAAUGAAUCCAAACAGACGUAUACAUUCAUCGUUGUUGGAUAUAUACUCUUCGUUCAAACACUCGCUCUCAUUCAAGAUAUGAAAUUGGGACAUUAUAUGAAAAUCGGCCCACGUUAUAUGUUUGCUGCUCAAUGUCUCGCGGGUCUUGUGUGUGCAAUGUUUAGCAUCGGUAUUCAAUUUAUGAAUUUUAAUAACUAUGGUCUUAACAAUCAAUAUGAUUCAAGUUUUUCCAUAUUCGACUUUACAUUACUGGGUGGAAGUGCUUUUAAUGAUGUCGAUGGGUUUUUCGCCGGUGCAAAUACGGGAAACCGUGUUUUAUUGUGGGCGUUUUUAGUCGGCGCAUUGCUGCCCAUUACUAGUUGGGCCCUAUCACGCUGGACUCGAUUCACUUGGCUGAAAGAGCUUCAUUGGCCUCUUAUUUUAGUAUCAUUCAGCUGGAUGCCUGCACUUUUAACGGCAGGUGCACUUUUCACUUGGCUUCUCUUCGGCUUCGUAGUCUAUUUCACAAUUGGGAAGUACACAUGGAGUCAACGUCAUAUUUAUUUAACGUCUGGUGCACUCGAUCUUGGUUUAAAUUUGACUUUAAUCGUUGUAAAUAUAGCUUUUACCAAUUUUAAUCGUGCAUUUCCAGACUGGGUAGGUACGGCAGUUAACAAUGGCUGGGAUACCUGCAAGCAAGCCUUGAUUGGCAACUCUUCAUAA